AUCGAAGCCACCUCCUUCUUCAAAAACCCGCCCAAGUUCGGAUCUUUCUCUUCCUCCCCUCUCAGAUUCAACCCCCUUCUACAGAAAACCCUCAAACUCUCAUUUCCCCCGAUCAAAAACCCUAAUUUCGUCAAAUCCUCCCCCAGAUUCUCCCUAACCCCAAUCGCAGCAUCCAAUUCCUCUUAUGAAGGACGGAAGCAGACCCCGUUGGCUCGCGGAGGCGAUACCUGAAACUCUUAAAUCCCUGAAGAAACCCGCAAUUGCCCUUGUUUUACUAGGGUUUCUAUUGACUUGGGAUCCUCAUACGGCUCUAGCAGCUUCUGGGGGGAGAAUGGGAGGGAGAUCUUUUUCUUCUUCUUCUUCUUCGUCUUCGAGGAGUUACUCGGCACCCUCGAGUUCUUUCUCUUAUUCCGUGCCCUAUUAUGCGCCAUCGCCGUUCGGAGCUGGGGGAGGGUUUUACUUGGGGCCCGCUGUCGGAGUCGGGUUCGGCGCUGGGUCUGGGUUUUUUCUACUGAUGAUGGGUUUUGCGGCGGUGAUUUUGCUGUCCGGGUUUUUGUCGGAUCGGAGUGAUGAUGGGAGUGUUCUUACAGCUGCUCAGAAAACCAGUGUGCUAAAGCUUCAGGUUGGGUUGCUGGGCAUGGCAAGAUCGCUGCAAAAGGAUCUUGAUCGGAUUGCUGAAACUGCAGAUACCUCUACACCAGAGGGGCUGAGUUAUGUAUUGACAGAGACUGCAUUGGCUUUGCUCCGGCAACCAGAUUAUUGCAUAUCUGCAUAUUCAUCUGUGGAUGUCAAAAGAAGUAUUGAAGAUGGGGAGAAGCGAUUCAACAAACUUUCAAUUGAGGAACGAGGCAAAUUUGAUGAGGAGACUCUUGUAAAUGUGAACAACAUUAAGAAGCAAAGGACAUCUAGCCAAAGAUCCAAAAGUUUUAGCAAUGAAUACAUUGUGAUUACAAUUCUCGUGGCUGCGGAGGGAGUGCACAAACUACCUGUCAUUAAUAGCAGUGCAGACUUAAAGGAAGCACUACAAAAGCUGGGUUCUAUGCCAAGCAACAAGACUCUGGUAUACUCACUGAACCCAUCUAGAAAAGAAUCGAAAUAUACAACUGUUGAAACGUUAUUUCAAUAUCUGACACCUAACUGGAUAUCA